UAGGAUAUCUGUUGCCAAUGGAGAGGGUAUCCCAACGCCUCAUGAGGUAUCAACAUAUGACGAGUGACAAUGGUUGUUGCGAGUAACUCAGCGUGAAAAAAAUGCUUGGAUUCGAGUGCGCGAUGAAUUGCAACCAGAAUGUAGGCAGAUGCGCAGCAGAAUAGUAGGAGUAGAUAAUCAAUUUUAUAUGUUUAUUUCCAUUACUUAGUUGGUGAUAUUUAGUUUUAGUAAAUAUUAAGUACCAAACUCUCGCAUUAUGGUCAUCCAAAAUCUAACUGGGUUAAUUCAUUAUAACUAAUGACCAAUGAAUUUCUGAAAUAUCCUUCUUUUGUAAUCAUUGCUAUUUUUACGAUUAUGGUUGACAUUUGCCAAAAAUCAUACAUACUUGAUAUUCAGGUGGAAUGACAGACUCAUUGUACAAUGAUACAUCGACACAAACGCAAUCACCGGUAAAAACACCAGUGGUGUCCACUCGAUGUUCUCCACGCGGGAAGACGAUGAAAUCCCUAGUCGAGCCUCAGUCCCGAGCCUCGAAAAUCAAAUGGACUAUUGCUGUAGAUCAGGUUUUUUUUGACACAUUUCUCGAACAGAUUGCACUGGGACGUAAAGCUGAUAAUGGUUUCAAGCAAGAGGCGUACCAAAUUGCUGCCGAAGAAGUUACGAAGCAUACUGACGUAGUCGUCAAGUGGCAGAACGUGUCAAAUCAGCUGAGGUAUUACAAGAGAAAGUAUAAUGCAGUGAAGGACAUGCUGGCGGCCAGCGGGUUUGGAUGGGACAAUGAGAGGAUGGUGGUCACGGCUCCUGAUGAAGUCUGGGAGGAAUAUCUUAGGUCUCACCCAUGUGCCGAAGGUCUCCGUGGGAAACACAUCGAUAGAAUGGAUGACCUUACAGUUAUCGUUAGAUUCGACCAGGCUACGGGACGUUAUGUGCAAGGCAGUAGGAGUAUAGCCACAUUAGCAUCAUCUUCUCAUCUUCAACGAGAUCUUAAUGAUGCAUGGAGAGAACUUGAUGAUGAUAUGGAUGAUAUGAUUGACCUCUCAGAGGAUCAUGUAAAAGACUCUACAGGGACCAUUUCAUUUUCGUCGGACAAUCCUUCGAUGGAACAUCACAGAUCCCGUAGCACUCCUACUCGCACUACUGAUUUCGAUGGUAGUCGAGGUGGGAUCACAAUAAGGAAAUGA